GCUGCACCGCAAAAAACUUACGCAGUUUUCCAUCGUGCGUUCCAUUGGAUUGUCUCUGCUGUCGCAGAUUGCAGCCUUUUUGGAUGGUAACCUUGACACGAUCCUGCAAUCGGAGUUGGCCGUGGCUAGGGAGAGACGAAAGAAGCAACCACUCACAGUGCUGGAAUUUUUCAACCUCAUCCAGAAUGUCAGGUAUUUUACAUUGGGGAAAUCAAUUCUGGGCACUGGCCGCCAGAUCACGACUGGCACUAUGUGGUUGGCAUAUCGCGCAAUGGUUUGCUACCUGGCCAAAGCACGCCGAGUGUUCCAGAACAGCCCGCACAUGUCGGUCGGAUCCUCUGUCAGUUGUUCAGUGGUAUUCGAUGGAAGCGUUGUCCAAAAGAUUGCUGUGGAGGCUUACAAGUUUCAUUGCCCCAUGGUCAAUUUGAGCGCAUAUGCCCCUCCACUUGACCAUGACUGGUCACGACUUGCAAUGGCUUCGAAUGCCAUCAAGUACGCAUGGGAUAUCGAGCGCCUGGUAGCAAUGGGCUUCCCGGUGGUACAGUCAAUGGCCCAAGCGCUACAGGUGCCCUUGGUAGGCGCAUCAGAUCGGAAGCGAGCAGCUGAUCUGAUCAAGGUCAUUGGAAAUUCAAUGCACGACAAAGACAAGCUGAUUACGAUCAUGAAAGACUACUACCUGGAGGUCGGAAGCCCCAUGGCAAAUUGCUCCUUCAUGGAGUUGGUCCGAAAGGAGGACACCAAGGCCAGUAAAUCUUCCGCAGCCAGUGAAAGCGGCAACCGCAUGCCUUUGGCUGGAGUUAUGCCAAAGACGGGUUCCAAGGCUGCCCAGGCAGCAAUUGCUGAUGGGCCGUCUGGGGAGGGUGGCAGUGACAACGAGAUCAAGAAGAAAGUUGGUGAGACACCGAAGUUCAAAGAGAUCACAGUGGCAUCCAAGCGUGUCCCUGUCUGCAAAUGUGGUCAUGAGCGCGCAGAAUGCGCAGAUUGCGGCCGUGGGUACUUGACGGUUACCAUGAUGGGCGAAGUUCCCCAGUUUAAGGUAGUGGAGGCACAGGGUACCACUGCCAAUCAGACUGUUCCUCCUGAUGAUACUACUACGAAAGGACCACAGGAGGGUGAUGGUGAUAACAAGCGACCCCUGGAGAGUUCAGGUAGCAAAGAAGCGUCUGCGUCGGCCAAGCCAGCUUCGACACCGGCCAAGCCAUCAGCUCCGACCCCUUCGGUUCCCAAGAAGCCUGAUAUAUUCGCCAAGGACUCAGACAAGACUACCAUCAACAUGGAAGCGCUUACCCCAGAUGCCAAGUCGGUGAAAACCAAGGGGGUGAAACGCAAGCAUUGCCUUGGUAGGGGACCUGAUGAUGAUGCUUCCAAGUCUCCAGCUUUGCCAGCACAGGCAUGCCUGCUUGCGGAACUGGUGAAGACGGUGCCAAAAAAACGACUGAACGCCGACAACAAUGACCUGCAGCCAGACAAGAUGCUGGUACCACGAGACUUGGAUUUGCGACCAAUGCUGACAAUUGUCAAAACAAAGAGUUGGUUUGCAUCAGUGGCAGUCAUGGAUCAUUUGUGCGACAACUGGUCGUUGAUGGGCUAUCUUCUCGACCAUGUCUUGGACAUUGACACUGCAAACGGCGAUGGACCAUGGAGGGAUCAGGUUGCCCAGAACGAAUUUCACCAUAGCCAAGAGACCGACAAUGACGAAUCUGGCGAUGAUGAAGGAGCAGACAAUGUGCCUGACAGUCCUGGAGUAGCCACAGGGCGCCAACGGGUGGCCAGGGAAAAACCUACUUCCAAAAAAGAACUGGCUUCAUUGAGGGAACGCUUUCAGAACACCCUCCAUUUGUGUGGUCAUUUGUACCGGGACCUUUCCCUGAGAGACGACCUCAGAAUGGUGGUUAAUGCUGUGAGGCCUUACUUAGCGGAGUACAGCACUGUUUUGUCAGCACUGAAGGAGUCGCAGGUGGACGAGAUACUUCUAUUGCACGACAAUGCAGUCUUUGACUCAAGCGUCUUCCUGAUGAAACAUCACUGCUACGUCAACUCUCGCAGUGACAGAGUCCUGAUGUCUCUUGGGUUCAGAACAUGUGCUGCGCUCGGGCUGCGUAUGGUGAAGCACAUAGUGCAGGAGGAU